GAGAUGGGGGGACCGCGCGCGACUCCCGAGUCCGACGCCAAAAUCGUAAUUCGAAACGCGGGUCAAAAGAAAUCUCUUAAGAGGUCGGAAGAUCCGCACAGGUUCCCGCCUCAACCACCUCAAAAACCCUACCUCACCUACUCCGAGAACCCGAGCUCCUAUAUCUCUCCGACUCAACGAAGAUUUCUUAGACUUCGACAGAUGCCACUAAUCCAUUGAUGACUGGAGAUAGCUGCAGCUUAGUGUCCAAGGAAACGCGUCUCCCUUUGUGUGAUAUGACUAAUGUUCCAAGCAAGAGAGGGAUCUCCUCGAUUCUGGGUGACUUUCUUUUGAAGUCUGGGGACGAUGCUGGUAAGACCGUCGCUCGUGAAGGCUCAGGGGUGAAGUUUUCCAAGAGGUUGUGUUUAGUUGUAGACGACUUGGUCAAGGAGAGUACUAGGACUAGUGAUGCAAACGACGGUUCUUCUGAUGAUGAUAAGAUUAGUUUUGGUGACUCACCUGCUGUUGAUGCUGAUUCCGAGAACUUCGAUGUGAAAGAGUCUCAGGGUGAAACCAAUGCUGUGGAUACUGCGGUGGAACUUAGUCAGAGAGAGUGUGACAAGGACUCGAACGUUGCUGACUUUUCAAGUCAAACUGAUCCUGUUGCCGGUGAAGACUUAACCAUGACUCUCUUCAGUAGCAGCAAUUGUGAGAGUGAUGAUAGGUUGGCGACGGUGGCUGCCGAAGGAACGGGUUUGUUGGCUAGUUCCGAGACUAUCAAACCGUUUAAUAUGAGCAGAUGUUCGGCUGUUGACAAUAAUAUGGAUGCUGAUGAUGAGCUUAAAUCAUGCUCUUGUUCCUUUUGCCUCAAAGCUGCAUAUAUCUGGUCAGAUCUCCACUACCAGGAUAUCAAAGGUCGAUUAUCGGUACUGAAGAAGAGCCAGAAAGAAGCUAGUAGCUUGAUCCGAAGGAAUGGUAAAGGAAGGCCAACGGAUGUUUAUGGAUCUGAAAACUCCAAUAACUCCACAAAUGUAGAGUUUGAUGUCAUGGGUCAGUGGACAUCUCUCUUUCUUAACAUGGAGGGUAUCUUGGCUCGUGAAAGCAGCCACCUUCAGGAUAGCUUCGUAACCAUGAAAGAGUUGAGAGAAAAUUGCAAGAUUGAUCUGGAGAGAGCGACGAAAACACCUCAACAGAACAACACUUAGGUACUGUUGUUGUUUUUAAAAAAUUACUGGUUUGAACUUUGGAAGGCUCUGUAACCUUUGAAAGCAACUCAUAUAUGUAUCAUAACUUCUAUUGUCAUCCGAUUAUUGCAUCUUUGUUACUCGUUAGUUAUGAUAAUCUUUGCUUCUCUUAGCAAUUUGUCUGUUCUUUAAGAAUUAUUGUUACCAUAUUGGAUCC